AAUCUCCCUGGGUUUGAGGACAGAUACGUCAGGUUGCUUCUUGCACUCUGGAUCACGAAGCUGCAAGAGAGUGUUGGUGGCUUUUAAGCACAAAGCAAGAGAAGCAGAGAUCUGCGCAUCACAGGCAACAGACAGUGCAAACCUCACCCGAAGCACGGCAGCUACAGAGGACCAUGGCAUUUACAGGGAUGCUGAGCGACGAGGACAUCAAGGCUGCGGUCCAGGCUUGUCAAGCUCCAGGCACAUUUGACUUCAAGUCGUUCUUUGCACAAGUGGGACUGACCGGCUCAUCUGAGGCAGAUGGAAGAAAAGUGUUUACCGUCCUGGACCAAGACAAGAGUGGAUACAUUGAAGAGGAGGAGCUCAAACGGUUCCUUCAGAAUUUCUUUCCGGAGGCGAGGGAGCUGACUGUGGCUGAGACCAAGGCUCUGAUGGCUGCAGGUGAUAAGGAUGGUGAUGGCAAGAUUGGGAUGGAAGAGUUCUGUGAUAUCCUGAAAUAAAGAGAAGAAGCAUCUUUGACCAUGACUGUCUUUCCCUAUUUUAAGAUAAAGGAUUUCUUAGGGGAAUCCUGGUUUUCCAGAUUGUUUGAUGCAAAGACCAGAAACCUUGGAUAUUCUCUACCUGCCUGCUGCUCUCCCUGUUGAUGUGAUACAGUAAUGCGUAAGAUGUUUGGUGGACAUAAGCUGGAAAUUAGUUGUGUGUGUUUAAUCAAAUGGGUACCUGGAAUGGGUUAAUAAAUGUGUUGGAGAUGGGCUA